UACACAAUCAGCAGAUUUCUGUCAAUAAUUUGGAAGAUCAAUGUUAUGCCCAUAAUAUACAGCAAAAUUCGUCUUUCUUGACUAAAAUAGUAUUAUCAUAUCAGCCCCUAUCAGUUUGGUAAGAUAUGUUUUCUUUUGACCAAACAAAGAGAACUAUAAUCUUGUAUUACACCCUAGUGGCCUUAGAGUUCAUCUCACUAUGGCACCCAACUUUAGAAUAUCAGUCAAAGACGACGUUGUAUUAAAUUGAUAUCAGUUUGGUGUCUGGCGUUGUAUGUAUACCCUCGAUUCCUUGACUUACAUAUAUCUUCUUCCUUUCUACAAUCCCGAUUUUGCAUAGCCAUGGAGAAAUGCUCAUCCCUUAAGAUUGUUAUGAUUCCGUGGCUAGCCAUGGGACACUUGAUACCGUUCCUAGAACUCUCUAAGUUCUUAGCCAAGAAGGGUGUUACUGUGUUUUUCAUAACAACUCCUAAGAAUAUCAAAAGACUACCAAAAAUUCCAGCAAAUUUGUCGUCUUCCAUAAACUUGAUUAGCCUCCCUCUGCCUCAUCUUGAUCGCGUGCCUGAUGAUGCAGAGUCCUCUAUGGAUGUGCCCAGCACUUUGCAGCCCCUUUUGAAGAGCAGGUUCGAUUUGCUGGAAUAUCCAAUCACUGCUUUCUUAGAAGAGGUAAGACCAGACUGGAUUCUCUAUGAUUUCACUUCUUAUUGGAUCCCCCCAAUUGCAGCUAAGAUUGGCUCUUCAUGUGCAUACUUAGCUUUGUUCAAUGCUGCAACUUUGUCCUUCAUGGGACCCCCAGCCGAACUCUUAGCCAAUACUCGAUUAGUCCCUGAAGACUUUACUGUGGUUCCUGAUUGGAUUCCUUUUGAAUCAGACAUUGCUUAUCGGCUUCAUGAGGUGAUGAAGUUCAUGCAUUCAGUUGAUGCAGAUAUCGCGACACCAGAUACAGUGCGGUUUGGUGCCUCUAUUGCAGGAUGUGAUGUUGUUUGUAUCAGAACCUUGCCUGGGUUUGAGCCUACAUGGCUUGAGCUCCUUAGUAAGCUCUAUGAAAAAACUGUUCUUCCUAUUGGUUGCUUUUUUCCUGAUUAUUUGGUUGAUAACGAACAAUCAGACAAUGAAGAAUGGAUAUUGCUUAAGAAGUGGUUAGACUAUCGGAAACCAGAUUCUGUGCUGUAUGUUGCACUUGGGAGUGAGUCUACUUUAAGUCAAGAAGAACUCGAGGAAUUGGCUUUUGGUUUGGAGCUAUCCGGUAUACCAUUUAUCUUGGUCCUCCGCGAUCCACCUGGAUUGGCUAAAAAUGUGUUGGAGAUGCUUCCAGAAGGGUUCAAAGAUCGAGUAGCUGAUCGAGGGUUGGUUCACCUAGGCUGGGCUCCGCAGUUGAAGAUAUUGAGUCACCCCUCAAUUCGCGGUUUUUUCACACAUUGUGGGUGGAACUCAGUGGUUGAGGGUCUUGGACUUGGGCGCGUAAUGGUACUUUUCCCUGUGAUGAACGACCAAGGGCUGAUUGCUAGAUUGUUGGUGGGGAAAGGACUUGGGGUGGAGAUUGCACGCGAUGAGCAAGAUGGGUCGUUAAGAAGGGAAACCGUAGCCAAGGCAGUGCGGUUGGCAAUGGUUGAAAAAGAGGGUGAAGCAUUGAGGACCCAAUGUAGGAGAAUGAAAGAUGUUUUUGGUGAUAAGAACUUGAAUGGUCAGUAUAUUGAGGAGUUUAUCCAUUAUCUAGAAGAAAACAAGAAGUGAUAUUGAUGAUGUUUAGUACUCCGUAGCUCACUAUGAUCUACUCAAGUAUUUCAAAUAAUGCUCGGUUUGGAUACAAUUCAUUAGUUGGCUUUGGGAUUAUUUUUUUGACAAAACAUUAGUUGGCUAUGAUUAUUAGCUCAAGAAAGUAAUAAACAAGGAAAUAUGAAAGUACUUGGUGGUAUUAAUACAUGUCCAAAGAGGAAAUCUAGAAUUGGUGAAAUAAUGUAUUGUGAAUAAAUAGUAACCUCGUUGUAUUGUCAUUAUGUGUCGUAGUAGAUUAUUAGACAAAAUCUGUAAAGUUAAAUCUCGUAAAAUUGGGUCAAGCACACAAAGCCAAAAGUUGUAUAAAAUGCAUCUUUUCAAUUGGGAUGUGCCUUGAAGAAAAGUUUAGCAAUCUUAA